UGAAUUGCCUCUUCCUCACAAUUUGAGAGUCGCUCUACAUAGUAACUUCACAGCCUGUCGUGAAUUCAGCCCCCGGGCAGUGGGCGACUAGUUAGCAACGCCAGACACGCUUUUGACGGAUGCUCCGAGCUUCAGAAAUCUCGCUGAAAAGUCUGCCAACUCCUUUCAAGGCGCUGGCUCCUAUGUCCUCCUUGCCCUAUGACAUGGAAGACUCUGAGGAGCGUAGCAGCAAUGAUGAAUUUGACUACCAAGGACAUUCUUUGAAGAUUGCGCAUGCGGGGUCGCGCUCUCUGGGCUUGACUCUGAGCGCGUCUCGAGGAGCGUCCAGGAAUGCAUCUGUAACUUGUGCUUCCUGGGUUCCAGCUUUUCUCUCCGCAACAUACUUCCAACCAUGCGAGCGGCACCGGCACCACAAGAAGAACGAGUGUACAUUCUUCUGCGUCACCUGCGGCGCUAAGCCUCACAGUGUGUGCCAGCAUUGCAUGGGAGCUCACGCGGGUCAUCAGGUCAUCCAGGUUCGCCGGUACGUCUACUGCGAUGUGGUGCGCACCUGCGACAUCAAUGCCUACGUGGACACAACUGGUGUACAGAACUACAUUAUUAACAGCGCCAAGGUGAUGUUCCUCAACCACCGACCGCACUCCAAGAUUGGUCGCGCAAAUGGAGUGGACACCUGCCGCACCUGCCACCGCCAUCUGCGGGAGGGCUACAGCUACUGCUCGCUAGCUUGCAAGGUUGAAGCACUAACGCAUGGCGAGUCGGGGCUCCGACCCUGCCCUGGCGGCAGCGGCGACGUUGAUGUCGAUGGCGAUGAGGCCUCCGCCGCCGCUGCGGCGGCGGCGGUGCUGGCUGGAGGCAGCCCCCGGCGCUUCGACAGCGGCGUCGCCACAAAGUGCGCCGUACGCUCCGCCGCCGCCGCUGCGGCUCACGGCGGGGUGAGCAGCGACCCAGAGAGCAGCGAGCCGGGAGAGGAUACGUUUUUGUACGGCACAUCAACCAGUCGCCAUGUCGUACGUUCGGGCAGUGUUGUGGUGCAACAGCACCGACCGACUGCUGCUGCCGCGGCGGCGGCGGCGGGAGGAGAAGGACAUGGCAGCGAUGGGUUUGGCGGCGGUGCGGGCUCGUCCGAGGAUGACUGCUGCGACUUUAACUUUGAGAACCCGCCCAAGCGUCGCCGAUCGGCUCUGACGACUCGUCGCCCCGCAAGCCUCGAUGCAGCGCAUCCGGGCCGACCCAACCCCCGCUCCGCUGCGGCAGUAGCUGCGGCCUCCGCAGCCUCCGUGGCAGCAGCGGCGGCGACGCUGCUUCAAUCGUAUAGAAACGGAAUUGCCGCGGCCGCUGCCGCCGCCGCUGGCAAAGCCACCGCUGACGUCCCCGCCGGCGGCGGCUCAACGGAUGCCGGCGGCUGUAGCUCAAGCGACGGCAGCGGCAGUAGCGGAUGUGAGUCUGCAGCGGCGGCGGCCGCAGCCGCUGCUUGCAUGAGUCGCCGGAAGCAAAAUGCUCCGCAGCGCUCUGCCAUCUGAACAACCUAAUCGCCUGUUGGGGCCUGUCUUGACGGCCCCGCUGAUGGGGCUGCUGGGUUCUGGUAAGCCUUUGGGAUAGGAGGAAACGGUGGAGAAGAUGAGGGAAGGGACGGGGUGUGGCGAGCGGAUUUUAUGUUUUUUGUUUGGGUUUUGUUGUUGUUGCCGGGCAGGGAGGCGGCUGCCACUGCUGGUCGGGGAGUGCGUGUUUUGCAUGCAUGAACAGCUUGCACUGACCCAUGGGCCACCCGCAGAGGAGGGUGCAGUUUGGCUACCUUGAAACUCGAAUUGGAAGCCCAGAGAGCCGGUUGGUUGCCGGGAUUUGGAAGAGAUCCAGGGGGCUCCUCCGAAAUUGGAUUGCGAUGAAUUUUGGCUGAUUCGUUUAUCGCGACUCGUGCAUCUAUUGGAUCGAGUCUGGUUUCGGAGGUAUCGCGGUGAGAAAUCGAAUGGCUGUGCGGGGCGGGAGGUUGGCGAACAGCCUUCCUCUUCUUCUUCUCUUACUCCUUACGUAAUCUCCUCACAUGGUUGCGACUUGUGGGUGUUGUUAGGCAAAUGGGUAUACAGCCUGCCCAAGGGUAGGUACGGCGAGCCAGCCGUCCUGAAUUUUGCCGUACAUUAGCAAGUCGCUGCGCAGUAGCAGUGAUGUACGGCGUUUGUGUUUGGAAGGAAUGUACGGCACAACUAUGAGAUGUGGGCUGUAUGGAUCCGGUUAAGGAUCCUGUCCUGACGUCCCACUUCUCGGUGACUGUCAUGAUGUGUUUACCGCUGGUGGCCAUGUGAACCGUCGUGUCUUUGAAGGUUGAAAAGCCUGGCUGACACUACAUUCGUUUUUUCGAGCUUUUUGUUUACCAGGCAUUUCUGGCGGUACUUUUGGCGGCCUUUUGUGGCACGGCAUUGGCAGCCUUGAGAGAGAAGGGCAAGAAAGACGCUUUCGUCCCUGCGUCAAUUAUAAUAGUAUCGUUGGAUACCGCGAAUAUUGAGAGAGCGGAGGAGGGAUAAUAGAUUUUGAGAAGAUAAUCGUCAUUUACUGGAUCACGAGAAGACAAUUUCCUUCACUAGGUGGGCGAAUGGUUGGGGACUUGGGCGCGCUGUCAAAUGCUCACGUUACUGGUAAGUUCAGCGUUGACGUGACUGAUUGACGCAUCGUGGGAAAUUGACGAUAAGGACGAUAACCCGGCGAUUUGGUACCUUUUAUAACGGCGGCCUUUGGCCCUUCUUGCACGUGUGACACGCCUUGGACUCCUGUGCGGUAUUUAUAUGUGUGGGGGAGACAUGGGGGGAAUGAAGAUGUAUG